AUGUCAUCAAGAUGUUCCUGCUCGCGACUGACGCGGCUCCAGACGGCCAUCGUCGCUAGACCGACCAACAUCAACCUCACACGACCAUUCUCGACCACGACGUCGAAACUCAAAGUGCCCCCCGAAUCCCCCCUCUGGAUUCAGGUCCCGACGCCGCCUCAGUCUCAGUCGUCCGAGGAGAAACCCCCCGUCGUCAAGGGUACCCUCCCGACGCCCCGCGACGUCUUCCCACACAAGGAGGCCGACCGCAAGGCGCAGCCGGGAUACCUCGAGGAGACGGCGCCUCUCCCCGCCAACCAAGCCUCCCAGGAGCCCGCCCCGCCCGGCUCGCGUCUCGAGCACCGUCGCCGCAUGGCCGAUAUCCGCCGUGAGAACCUCGGCGUGGCCCUGCAGGGCCUCUACAAGCGCAAGCAGGAGCGUGUCCAGGCCGAGACUGCUAUCAGGGAUCGCCGUCUCCGCGACCACCAGCGCGCAGCCGUGGCCCCCGAGCGCUGGGAUGACCGCCUCACCCGCAGCUCCGUGCUCUCCUCCCUGGUCAAGACGACCGCUGUCGAACUCGACCCCCAACGCUAUGUCCGCGCGCAGCAGAGCAAGGUCAAGACAGCCAAGCUGGCCCAGCAGAAGAGCGAAGCGAGGCAGGACGCGCUGAUGGAGCUGUACAUCAAUGCCUCCAAGUUCAUCGUCUCCGAGGACCAGCUGGGCAAGGAGCUCGACAAGCUCUUUUCCGAGGACUUCUGGAAGCGCCAGGGCAAGUCCAUGGCCCACGACUCGGACAACGCUUGGGACGUCUGGGGACAGCCGCCGACGGUCAAGACCAUGCUGGACGACAUGUUGAGGAAACAGCAGCGCGCCAUCGACUUCCACCAGACCGCACAGGACAGGACUGUGAAGCGGCAGAAGACAAUCGCCGAGGAGUUGACGGGCGGAAAAAUGGAGUAA